AUGUAUGACUUUUUGUUUCACGAGGGAACAUUUUAUGGAAUACGUACUUCCCCAGAUAAUUACAAGAUAUCCUUUCAACAGGCUCCAAUCUUAUGGACUGCUUCGCAGGCUGUUCUAGAAUCUCUUAAAACCGGAUCUCCAGAGUGUCCUACUCAGAUCAAAUGUCUUCAGAAUGAAAUAAGUGUUUUAGUAAAUGCUAUCUCUCCUCAUGAUCAGUUUGCUAGAACCGUUUUACGUUCAUUACCAACAGAAGCCUGGGAGCGCGGCAUAUUUUCGGAAGAAGCUCUCAAAAAGAGAUUCAGCCAAGUGGAAAAAAUAGCGAGAAAAGUAGACUUAGUCCCAGCUGAAGGAGCUUCAUUAGUAGUACACAUCUUGUCGUACCUUCAGGAUCUAUUCUUAAUAAAUCCAUCCCGUAUUCCUCAAGCUGAAUUAAAUGAUGAUGUAACUGAUUUUACUAAAAUGAAUUCUAGCGAAAUUCUAUAUAGAGCUAAGUUCUGGCUAGAUCACGGGAAUUUGUUGCAAACUUUAAAGUACAUGAACUUACUAAAAGGAGCACCUCGGUCAAUUGCCACGCAAUGGAUGUACGAAGCUAAAAUUCUUCUCGAGACUCAACAAGCAGUGAAAAUUUUAAUUGCAUAUGCGGCUUGCAGCGGUUUGAAUUUUUUAUAG